AUGCCUCGUAGAAGUUUCCAUAGAAAUCAGAAAUCCCUGGAUGGUCCCUUCACAGUGAAGACUCUUCUCAGUCUCCUUCGUCGGUGUACGGUUACGGUUACCAACAGUCGAAGUGAGUCAGCACUGCAGGCGCCCGAGGAGGAGCCGGGAAACGAUACCAACACUGACUACACCUGCUGCGGUCACAAUUACUGCAGCUUUCAUGCCAAGGAUAUCCCACAGCCCUUGGCGAAGGACGUCUUCAUGCUGAUCAUGAUCUAUGUACCGUGUCUUGUGAUCGCAGUCGUCCUGGUAGUUUUCUUCUUGGAUCCGCUCACUCGCUAUGGCGAGGGCCGCAAGGGUUCUCAUUCCAAGAAUAGCACUGUCCUGAGAAAUAUGUUGGCCACAUUUCGCCAGAUGAAGCGGACCAAUCAGCAGAUGCUCAUCCCUCUGACCGUUUUCAUCGGGCUGGAGCAGGCCUGGAUAGCGGCGGAGUACACGCAGGGAUUUGUGGCCUGUGCCCUCGGCGUCAACAUGAUCGGCUAUGUGAUGAUCACUUGGGGGGUUAUGGACUCCUUAGCAUGCGCCUUUUUUGGCAUAGCGAUGAAGUACAUCGGCCGUUCAAUGAUUAUAUUUAUAGGUGCAUCCUUGAACGUCAUCAUAAUGGGAUUCAAGCUCCAUUAUCGGCCAGUGCCGGACCAUCCCGUUGUCUUCUAUGCUCUAGCCGGAGUCUGGGGCAUCAGUGACGCCGCUUGGGUCACCCAGAUCCAGGCCUUCUACGGACUCCUCUUUCGACGGCACAAGGAGGCCGCCUUCUCCAACUAUCGCCUGUUCGAGUCGGUCGGAUUUGUGCUCGGCUUCAUCUACUCCAGCCUGCUGUGCAUCCAGUCGAAACUCUACAUCAUGCUGCUUAUACUCACACUGGGCCUGAUCGGAUUUUUGGCCGUUGAGGUGCUCUAUCAGAAUAAGGUGAGUGUUUUCCCAGGUGUGGUGGGUUUCGGCUGUGGGGGGGCCGCUCAAUUGUGA